CCAUUAGAGCCUUCGAGGGGUCAGAAUCCACACCUCCGCAAAUGGGCCCGCUUUCCCAGGGCCCCCCUGCCCAGACCUUCCCUGGGCUCUGUGGGUUUUGACACCUCUCUGCAACCUGGCAGGGGACCACCUCACACCUUUGGUCCAGAUAAAAGCUAGGACCUGGAGGUGACCGGUCCAGCUUCCCAGAGUCACACCAGUCAUGGCCCAGUCGCCUCCUCCUCAGAGCCUCCAGGGCCUCGACCACUGGGUCUUCUCCCAGAGCUGGGGCUGGACCCAGCACUCCGACUCCACGUCUCCGGCCUCGUCCUCAGAUUCGUCCGGUUCAUGUCCUUGCUACGCGACCCAUCGACCCUCACAGUCCGCGGGCCCGGGCCGCAGCGCUCGCAAUACCCAGGCUGUCCCGACAGCGCCCCGACGAGCGCGGCCCGCGCCCGCAGGAGGACAGCGGCAGAGCGCCAGCGAGCGCGAGAAGCUGCGCAUGCGCACACUCGCCCGCGCGCUGCAAGAAUUGCGCCGCUUCCUGCCACCGUCGGUGGCACCUGCAGGCCAGAGCCUGACCAAGAUCGAGACGCUGCGUCUGGCCAUCCGCUACAUCGGCCACCUGUCGGCCCUUCUGGGCCUCAGCGAGGACAGUCUGCGGCGCAGGCGCCGACGGAGUGCAGACACUGCGUUCUCUCACCGAUGCCCUAAGUGCCCCAACGGAGGCAGCCCCUCACAAACUCAGAUGCUUGGUCCUGGCCUGGGAUCAGCCAUGAGUAGUGGGGUGUCCUGGGGGUGCCCGUCUGCUUGUCCUGGACCCCUAAUCUCACCUGAAAACCUUGGGAGCAGGAUCUCCAACGUGGAUCCCUGGGUGACACCUCCUUAUUGUCCCCAAAUACAGUCACCCUUACACCAGUCCCUAGAGAGAGCUGCUGACACCUCUCAUUGGGCACUACCCCAAGCAUGUCCUGGCAUGCAGAUAUCCCCAGAGCCUAGGAACAGGACUGGACACUGGACACCAUCCACUGAACCUGCAGAGCUGACUAAGGUAGAGUCUUCCUGUGUCUCCAGAACCCUGCCUGUCCCUGGGAAGCCCACCUCUUCUGCCCCGCCCAUCAUGCCAGAGACUACAGCCUCAGCCUCAGUGGGGCUGCUGGGACCACAAAGCAGAGAUGCUCUCUAGCUCUGAGGAUCAGGGUUCCAGCCCUGCCCUCCAGCUUCCUGUGGCCAGCCCUACCCCCAGUUCAGGCCUGCAGCUCAGUGGCUGUCCUGAACUUUGGCAGGAAGACCUGGAAGGACCCCCACUGAAUAUCUUCUACUAAUACGGCCUUGCCUGCACCCUGUCGGUGUGGAGUUAGCUGCCUUGGAAGUGCCUUUAUCUGCCUCUUCUGUGACAUUUUGAGCUCUCCUUAGCUAUGGAGAGCCCACCAUCCUCUUUCCCAGAUGAUGGCUUUCAUGGAAACAGUGUCUGGGACAGAUAAACAAUGGGUGCCUUCCCUGACUGGAGGCGGGCAGUGACAAGACCCUCCACUUCUAGGUGUCUUCUACAGCAGUGGUUCUCAACCUUGCUAAUGCUGUGACCCUUUAAUACAGUUCCUCGUGUUGUGGUGCCAACCAUAAAAUUAUCUUUGUUGCUACUUCAUAGCGGUAGCUUUGCUACUGUCAUAACUCAUAAUGUAAAUAUCUGUGCUUUCUGAUGGUUUUAGAUGACCCCUGUGAAAGGGUCGUUCAGCACCCUCCCUCUGCCCCCCAAGAGGGCACAGGCUACGGGUUGAGACCCACUGUUCUAAAGGCUCAGCGCUCUGUAGAGCACAGGCUGAGCUGCUCUGAGAAUGGGGUAGCCUCAGUGUGGAAGAUGCCCUGCUUGCUGGGGACAGCUGGCCAGAAUCUCAUAUGCUGGUUUUAUAAUUGUUUUAUAAUUAAAAAAAAAAAAA